CCUCUGAAUUGCACAAAAGUAAACAAAAAAAAUUGUGGGAUGUCUUUCUGUGCGUAUAGUCUCAGUUAAAAUGAUUUGUGCAGGAGGUGUGGUGAUAUUUUAAGAGUUCUAACUAAGAGGAACAUUUCAGCAUGACGAAGAUCAACGUUUUCCUGUUUCUACUUGCUCUUGUUGAGGUGACUGCCUCCAACAGACAUUUUGCUCACAACCGAGAAAAGCGGGAUGCUGUUCUUAUUCGUUCAAAGAGAAGAUGGGUUCUGUCUACCAUUGAUCUUGAAGAGAACAUGCCUGGACCUUUUCCUGCUGAGUUGACACAGCUGUUCAAUGACAAAGGGGAAAACUUCAACAUCAAGUUUCGUAUGAAAGAACAAGGGGUGACAGCAGGAACUUUGGAUAUAUUUAGCAUUGAUGAAACCUCUGGAAUUGUAUACGUACGCCGGUCCAUCGACAGAGAAGUGAACCCCUUCUUCCAUGUGGACUUUGAUGUUCUGGACAAGAAAACUGGUGUGGAGGUGGACAAAACAUUGUCAUUUAAUGUGGAAAUAAAGGACAAGAAUGACAAUAGACCUGAGUUCAGUCCAGUAACCAUCCGAACAGCAUUUCCUGAAAACAUUGCUGAAGGCACACUCCCAGCAACAUUACAGGCUCAUGACAAUGAUCAGAAGGAUACUCCUAACUCCCAGUUCACCAUGAGUGUGCUGUCACAAGAACCUACUGUACCAAAACUUUCCCUGAAGACCAUGGGUGGGAGCACUAAAAUCCAACAACUUGCCUUUACAGGAUGCUUUGAUUACGAUAAAGCAAAACUUUAUAAAGUGCUAGUUGAAGCGAGGGAUCAAGGAACACCUACAUUGUCUUCAACUGCAACUGUUUUUCUGGAUAUCAUAGACUCCAACACCCAUGCACCAAAAUUCAGUGCUUCCAGGUAUAAUGCUGAGGUGAUGGAAAUGGAAUUAAAGGAGAUCUUAAGAAUUGGCGUGAUAGACAAGGACACACCGAACACACCUGCUUCAAACGCAGUGUUUACUAUCGUGAAGGGCAACGAAGAGGGGAAUUACAAGAUUGUGACAGACCCCAAAACCAAUGAGGGUGUGCUGUCUGUUAUCAAGGGUAAGAAUUAUAUUAAGACUGAGAUCAAAGAACUGGAGAUAGAAGUUGAAAACGAGGAGAAAUUGUUUCAGUGUGUUGAUGGAAAACCGGUAACAGGCUCAAAAACAAAACCAAACUCCGUUAAAGUGGAUGUGAAAGUCAUUGAUAUGAAUGACGCCCCUGUCUUUAAGAAGAGCACUGAAAUAGUUUACAGAAAUGAAAACAAUGAUCCAGGAGAUGUGCUGUUCAUACCUGAGGUCAAAGAUGAGGACUCAGAUGUAAACAAACUCAGGUAUGAGUUAGUACAAGACCCAGCCAAAUGGGUGACCAUUGACCCACACACAGGAAAGAUCACCACAAUUGUGAAAAUGGAUCGGGAGUCUCCAUUUGUCAUAAAUGGCACCUACCCUCUUGUGAUCCAUGCAACAGAUGAUGGACAGCCCCCAGCUACAGGGACAUGUACCGUAGUGAUCUACCUGGGUGAUGUGAAUGAUAAUGCCCCCUUUCUCAUCUCCAAUCAAACGGUCAUGUGCGGAAACAAGGUGGACCGUGUCAAUGUUAUGGCAGCAGACCUUGACAAACCUCCAUUUGGGAAACCUUUCUCCUUCUAUCUGGGAGGGGAAGAGGAUCUGAAGGAACUCUGGAAACUGGAACCCACCACAGGAGACAACACCUCUCUGAUAAGUUUGAAGAGUCUGCUAUUUGGAAACUACACAGUUCCCUUAAAGAUACAGGAUCAACAGGGGUUGGAAGCAGAGACAGUUAUGCAGGUGAUUGUCUGCGACUGUGCAGGAGGAAAUGUGUGUCGCGGACGCCUCCCUUACUUCUCCAGACUAGGACCUGCAGGCAUUGGCCUCAUGUUAGCCGGACUUCUUCUGCUGAUCUUAAUUCUCCUCUUUUGUUUCCUGUGGGAAUGCGGAGGCAAAACCUUCCAACACAUCCCACUGAACCUGAAGGAAGAGGGCAACCAAACCCUCAUCAAAUACAAUGAAGAGGGAGGAGGCUCAAUCUAUAAGCCCGAGCCCAUCAACAGUGUUGGUUUGAAGAAAAGCUCGAAAAUAGUAGCAUCUGCACCGCCUGAGCACUUUUUUACCGAUGGAUACAGGAAGGGUGAAAACGGUACGCUGAGAAACCCCGGAGGGUAUGGUUCUCAGUUUUCAUCGGGGAUGUUCCAGGAAAUGUCUAACGGUGAAGGUGUGAUGAGCAUGCCAAAUCGGAGCUGGUCAAUGGCCCGAACCAACACAGUCAGGAGUGGAGUAAGCCAGAUGUCCCGCUCAUACAGCAUGGCUCGAUCAGAUAGGAACCUUGCAGAGCACAUUGACAGGAAAAUCUAUGGGCUUCCAGAAGAAAAGGACUAUCCAGAAUAUUCGCCACAUAAAUAUGAUUAUGAGGGGAGAGGCAGUAAUUGUGAGUCACUGGAUAAGCUGUCAGUUAGCAACCUUGGAGAAAACCUGGACUUCCUGCAGAACCUUGGGCCAAAGUUCAACACUCUGGGUGGGAUUUGUCAACAGGCAAUGCAGCACAAAAAUGUGCAACUGUGAAGAUGGAUACUUAUUUGAGUCUUGUGUAAUUCUGCUUUAUAUUCUUCUAUUUUUCUAUUUUUUAUAGACUUCUAUUAUACGCUUUUUCUCGUGCAAAUUACUUUUUAGGGAUACCAGGGAUUUUUUGAGCUCUGUUUUUGUUCGUUUAGACCGUAAUCUAAAGGACAACGUUGAUGAAAAGUGCAAUUAUGGAGACUGAAGUCUCUUAGAUUGGUUAAAAGUCUAGUCUGUUAGGCUACCGGCCAUGCCUUGAACUCUGGCAGCAUCAAACCUGUACAGGCACAGAUCAAUCAUGGAUAUAUGUUUUAAGUCUUAAGAACAUUAAGUAUCCAGUGCCAAGACUGGCAAGAAGGAACUAUGGGAUUCACUGUGCUCUAGGUCACUGUGUAAAAGUGCAUUUUGUAUUCAUGUUGGGUGCUUGAAAUUAAAAUCAUUUGUCCUGGAACUGUCAUCAGCUCAGCCAACAUGUGGUUUUAUCAAUUUUGCUAUAACGCCUUUGCACUGCAGCAUCACUAGUGUAUUAAUGGGCCAUCCUGUCUAGAACUUGGUUGUUCUUUUUGGCUCAAACGCGCAUGUAAAAACAGGAAGCUAUUUCAGGGUGAAAUGGCGGGCAAAAUAGAUGGGUAUAAGACCAGUUGGUUCAUUCCUGUUAUACACAACCAUUGGAACUCUUACAUUUUAAAAUUAUGAAUAUGCUAUGAUUAUUUCUAUAAAAGGGUAUACCAGACUUACAAAAAUAUACUCUGCACAAGUUCAGGCACUGAUUAUUUACACAAUGGCAAGAAAAAUAACAGGAUGUGUAAUCGUAUGGAAAUAAAGAGCUAAAGCCAUUGCUCAUGAAGAGACUCACAUGAGGAUCUAAACUUAAUUUUAAUAUUUAUGUAGUUAUCUUAUAAUUUUGGUUUUAUUAUACCGAUUCUGAGUGCCUAUUUUAUCAAAAAGGGUGGGAUGUGAGUGAGACAAAACAACUAAUUCACAUAACACAACAGAAUUCAUACAAUCCAUUGCUAAAAUCUACUGAUGUUUGUGUUGUUUUCCCACCAAAAAUGAUGUCACUUUUUGGAGGAUGAUGUCAGAAAAACAUAAAUUGAUUACUAAUUAAAGCCCAAGAAGACUGAAAUAGUUUUGUUCAUAAAUUGCCAGUUUUAGAAGUUGGCAUGAAAGAAGAAGACAUGGGAAUUUAAAAUGUAAAAGACAUUUAGUAGGACACAUGGGAAAAAUUGCAGCCUCCGUUUAAACAAAGAAGUGAAAUUAUUUAAAAUUCACCCUAUUGUGAUAAAAGAAAUCUAAUAUGAUAUUUGUGACAUUACUUGAUUUCAUGAUGAGUUUGACAUUAUAUUCAAUAUAUUAAGACAUACUGUAUAUAUGAUGGGCACAUGGAAAUGAACUGCAUAACAGGAAUGACCCAAUUAAUCACAUCAUUUGAUAAAAGAAAAUACAUGAACAAAAUAAGACAAUCUGACAGGUGGCAGUAAUGCACAAUUAAUACUUUUUGUUCUGUAUUUUUGUUCCUUCCUUUUCCUUUUUUAUUUUUUUAAAUUUUUUUAUUGUUUUUAUUUUUCCUCCAUUUAGGGAGUCUUUAUACAAAGUGACCUUAAAUUAUGUAUUUUUUACACUUUGAAUUUGCAUUUUGUGUGUGUGUGUGUGUGUGUGUGUGUAAUGAAUGAUGCCAAUUGCUGUGUACAUUUUUUCCAUUUUGCUCAUCUUUUUGAAAAUAUAUUUUUUAUUACUUAAAGGGAUAGUAUUGUUCACCUAAAAAUGAAAACUCUGUCAUCAUUUACUCGCCCUCAUGUUGUUCAAAACCUGUAUGACUUGUUAUGUUCUGUGGAACACAAGAAUGUUCAGUCUCAGUCAUCAUUCACUUUCAUUGUAUGGAAAAAUAUGCAAUAAAAUUUAAUGGUGACUGAGGCUAAUAUUCUGCAUUACAUCUUUUGAGUUCUACAGAAGAAAGUCAUACAUGUGUGGAACAACAAAAGGGUGAGACAAUUAUGACAGAAUGUUUAUUUUUGAGUGAACUAUCCCCCUUUGUGUUUGUUUAAUCCAAAACUGGUUUUGGCCAAGAACUUAUCAGGUCUUGAUGCUUUUGGUUUACAGGGUUCUGAGGGCUUGUGGCAUUGUCUGCAAUUAUUUGUUUUCUUUAAGAAACAACAGCCCUUCUAAAAUGUAUGUUUGCUUUUAACAUUAUCUGCUUUUAUUGGAUGAAUGAACAGGCUAUCAAAUACAACACUUUUAAUUAACAUCCAAAAGAAUUUUAUGAUGUUGAAUAAAUUGUGAAACUGUU